GAGCGCACGUGCACGUGACGCCUUGAGCGCUGCGUGGGUGUCUCUCGUCUCGUCUUCGUCUGAGCUUGUACCACAGCCGUCGACGAUGGCAAUUACUACAACGCUUUCGAUGCUCAUCUGUAGCAGUAGCAGGAAUGUGUAGCCCACGCGAGCGAACCAUCCAUUUGUUGGCUACGACACUUCCUUGCUCGGCUUUUUUUUUCUUGCCGGAGCGCGUUUCCGCAAAGGGGGGAGGUGGAACAACCCUUCCUUCUCCCGCGCUUCGGCGCAACAUGGACACGUAGGCGCCGAAAGUCCAUACUGUGUCCCUUUUCGCGCUCUUCGGCGAAACAUGGGCACGUAGGCGCACAAAAGCAAUAUUGUAUUGCACAUGAGUAAGAGAGAGAGAGAGAGAGAGAGAGAGAGAGAGGGGCGAGGCGGAGUGUUCGGAUGUGGUUAGUAUAGAGAGAGGGUUGUGCCGCUGACUCAGCCUCGGAACUGUUAGCGAAAGUCGAACUGAAGACGUGGUGGGGUGGGGGAGAUAUAGCGGAGCGCGGUUAUUCUUCGUGAGACGCGCGGCGCUUGUGCUGCUGCUGCCAACGGGAGGCUGUCUUUGUGAUUGAUUCUACUUGUUUUUGUGUUCUGAUACUGAUAAUUAUCACGCUGAUCAAAAUAGUUGGACGUGUGAGGAGGAGGAGGACCAGUGUGUUUGGUCUAUGUAUUGGCGUUCGAGGUGCUGUUUGAAGUGCCGCCACCAUGGCUGGGCGCGGAUUGGUUCUGACAAAACCUGCUUGGCUGAAGGCAGCGGAGGAGCAGGCAGCGAAAGAGGAGGAGGAGAAAGCCGCCGCCGCCAGGAAGGCUUUUGAGGCUACCUUUGCGGAUGUCAAUCAGAAGGCUAACGGCACGGCAUCUGACAGCGACGGCGAGUCGGAAGAGAAGGCGGUCAGCAAUCCAAUUGGACCGGUAGAUCCGAGCAAAUGCACGGCGGCCGGGACGGGAGUGGGGGGGGGGGCGGCGGGCUCGGCGGCGUCCUUCGUGGUUGUGACGAAGGACCGCGAGGGGCGGCGCGUGCCGACGGGAGGAGCGCAAAUCAAGGUUCAAGUGACCCCUGGAACUGCCGUUGGGGGUCCUGCUCAAGAAGCCAUUGUGAAGGACCAUGGCGAUGGCACCUACACUGUGACCUAUGCCGUGGCGAAAAGGGGAGAUUACAUGAUAAGCGUGACUUGUAAUGGGACGUCAAUACAAGGGAGCCCUUUCCCGGUAUUCUUCAGCGGGGGACCGGCGGCGGGAAGCGGGGGAAUGAAUGCGGCGAGCGUGGCGGCGGCGGCGGCCGCCGCUGCGUCGACGGCGGGGCUCAUUCAGCAGCCGUCAACGCCCAUUCUGGGCAACUCUCCAAUGCCCGUGAUGAAUGGGGUGGGUGGUGGUGGGCUGAAUCCGUUCCAGGGUAUGGUGCAGGGGAUGUUCCCAGGGGGGUUCCCAGGGGUCAAUUUCCCGGGAAUUCUUCCAGGGGCCUCGGGGGGGGCUAUUCUCCCUGGCUUGGGAGCUAGUCUAGGGGAGGUGUGCCGGGAUUACCUGAAUGGGAGGUGCACGAGAAGCGACUGCAAAUACAACCACCCGCCCCAGCCUCAGCUCAUGGCAGCCAUCGCCGCGGGGAGCACUGUAGGCGGACUGAGCCAGAUGUCCAUGGCAACAUCGGCCGCUGCUAUGGCCGCCGCGCAGAGCAUCGCGGCUGCGCAGGCUAUUCAAGCGCAGCAAGCCGCGCAGGCCGCACAGGCGGCGCAGGUCGUGCAGGCAGCACAGGCCGCCCACCAGGCCGCCGCCCAACAGGCGGCCGCUCAGCAGGCCGCACAGCAGCCGCUCGCCCAAGCAGGAAGUCGUCGUGGUACAGAAGACGAGAUGACGCAAACAGUGCAUGUUGCAAACUUGAGUCCUGUGCUGACAAUGGAGCAGGUACGGCAGCUGUUCAGCUUCUGUGGAAGAGUCAUCGAUUGUAGGCUAGAGGGUGAGGCGCAUCAGUCUGGUGCUGUUAUCGAGUUUUCCAAGCACGAAGAAGCUCAGGCAGCCCUCGGAUUGAAUGGGAUGGUGGUUGGGGACCGGUCUAUCCGAGUAGAGCUGUCAAAGAAUGCCAGGCUGGUAAAGCAGUCUCCAGCGACUCCGCAGAGUCUGCCGGCGAUGAUGCAGCAAGCUGUGCAGCUGCAACAGAUCCAGUUUCAGCAUGCACUUGCAAUGCAGGCAGCUCAGCAGCAGCAGAUGGCCGCAGCUCGAGCAGCCAAUGUGAAAACGGCAGCUGAAAUGGCAGCUGCUCGGGCGGCAGAAAUCAGCAAGCGGUUGAAAGGACUGGACGAUGCGAAGGAGGAAAAGGAGGCGGCAGCAAAGGCAAAAUCUGAAAUGAAGGCUGAAAACAGUAAGCCUGGGUCAGCUUCGUCCUCUCCAACUCGGUCUCGCAAAUCGAGGUCUCGGUCACGGACGAAAUCACGAUCGAGAUCGCCUGCACGGUCACGAUCACGGUCGAAGUCGCGCUCUCGCUCGCCAAGAGGAGGAAGGAGAAGGGCUUAUCGGACACCAUCCCCCAUCAGAAUGCGGGAGAGGUAUCGAGAAAGAGAGAGAUACUAUCGAGGCGGAUCUGGACGGUCAAGGACGAGGGAUGUGUGGUUUCCAAGGAGUAGAAGCAGGGACAGGGAAUGGGACUGGAGGAGAGAGAGGGACAGGGAGCGGGAACAUUACAUGCAUAGAGGGAGAGAAUACGACCGAUCGAGAUACUAUAGCAGUGGUAGGGACUGGGAGCGGGAGUAUCACUUCAAGGGUCGACGAAGUAGGAGUCGAAGCCGAGAUCGAGAACGAGAACGAGAUCGAGAACGUGCCAUUGAUCACCGACGGUCGAGGUCCAGAUCUCCUUGGCCACGUCACAAUUCUAGGCAAAGUGUCAGUCCGCGAAGAAGGCGCGAGGAGAUCAUUGACAAGCGGUCCAAUCCAUCUCGACCCGAACCACGGCAGAGGCAAAGCGUGGAACGCAGUGAGAGCAGGAGCCCUGCACAAUCCGAGCGAGAGACUGAGCGGAAAGAGGUAUCGCUGUCCCCUGUACCCUCGUUGUCAGUGUCACUUGGUAGGAAGAAGAAAUCUGAUGUCGAUGAUGAUGAUAAUGAUGAUGAUGAUGAUGAGGUUUCAAAGAGUGUAGGUAAAGGAGACAUGCACAAUGGCUCGGCAAAGAUAGACACCGAGGAGAGUAUGCCAGCCCUGCCUUCGAGGGAAGAAGUGGAUGAGGUGGGGACUGACCCAAUCACAGAGGAGGAAGAGAAAGAGCGUGACAAGAUAGAAGCAGAACUGAGGAGAAGGGUGGAAGAGAAUGAGAAGGAGCGGGCAAAACGAGAGCUCGAGAACUUGAAGAGGAUGGUUGAGGAGGAAGAGGGGGUGGCAUUCGACAAACUCGGCGACCGAUCGGAACACGAAGAUGGCAGGGAUGACUUUUCAGUGGAGAAGACGCGGGAUGAAAGGCGGAGACGAUCAGAGGAUUCUGGAGCGGUGGAUAGAACGAUGGGAAAAAGAUGCAAAGAUGAGAAAGAUGAAUUGGUGAGCAAGGAAGAUGAUGCAGACGACCUUGCUGAAGAAGAUGUGAAGAGGGAAAAGCAUCGUGAGAAGCGGAGGAGGAAAAAACACCGGAAAGGGGAUGCUGCAGACGAGGAAGGGUCGGAUGAUGGUGAACGUAAGAAAAAACAUAGGAGGAAGAGGCACAAAAGAAACAGGUCUAGGUCUGCGUCUCCGUCUGUGGAGCAGAACAGUGGUGCAGUGGACAAGGACAGGGGGGUAGAGCGGGAAAGGGCAAGGAGGAGUCCGUCAAAAAGUCCGACAAGGAAGAGAAAUGGAAGCCGUCAAAAGAGGAAAAGGUCUGUGUCGCGAAGCUGGAGUAGUAGUGAGUGAUCCUUGUUUCUGCCCGGACGUUUUCUGAAACUUGCGCCAUUCUGUAUGCUUCAGUAGUUUGUCGUCUCUUCUUUCUGUGACUGAGAGUAUCUGUGAUCAAGCGCUCUCUGGGAUUUUGCUAUAAAUACAAGUCUCCUGCCCAUGUUUAAUGUGACCUCAGUUCACACUUCUGCAGUUAACUAUUUUUGCGCGAAUGCAGCUGUUCGCUAUACACACGAGGAUUGAGAGAGCGAGAGAGAGAGAGAGAGAGAGAGGAUAUCUGGAUUGCUUGAGGGUGGGCAUUGAAUUGGUGAUUCAAUGUGAUGAUGGAUUUCGCUGGUGUGGAGUCCUGUGAUAAAUGCUUGGCUUUUCU